AUGUGGACUGUAUGGUGUGUCGUGGCUCUGUCUGUGGCAGCUGUUUGUGGUGAAACGACAAACACGGUCCUCAGGGUUACUAAAGAUGUGCUAAGCAACGCCAUCACGGGCACAAUCAGGAAGAGCGAUGCCUUCAGCUCAGCCCUGAGGGAGGUGCCCUUGGGUGUUGGUGGCGUUCCCUACAAUGACUUCCAUGUCAGAGAGCCUCCCCCAGUCUACACCAAUGGCAGACAGCUUGGUGGCAAUUACAGAUAUGGUCACAUCGAGGCCAACGACAACUCUGCUCAGUUGGGGGGCAAGUACCGCUACGGGGAGAUCGUGGAGUCUGAUGGGAGCAUCAGGAGCCACGCGGACUACCGCCAGGCUGAACACGCCUACGGCAGCCUCCGGGGCUCCGGGCGGUUCAGGUCUGCCGCUGGCCCCUCGGCGGGCAGGUUCCGACGGGAUCUGCGGAGAGAGCUUCGGCCUGGGGAGAUCCCCGCUGGCGUGGCCUCGGGGGCGCUGGGCCCUGGGGGCCUGCUAGGCACAGGGGGCAUGCUGGCGGCUGAUGGCAUCCUGUCAGGCCAAGGAGGUCUGCUGGGAGGAGGCGGUCUCCUCGGAGACGGAGGACUUCUGGGAGGAGGCGGCGUCCUGGGGAUACUGGGCGAAGGCGGCAUCCUGAGCACCGUGCAAGGCAUCACUGGGCUGCGCAUCAUGGAGCUGACCCUGCCCCGGGUGUCUGUGCGGCUCCUGCCUGGCGUGGGUGUCUACCUGAGCUUGUACACGCGCGUGGCCAUUAAUGGGAAAAGCCUCAUUGGCUUCCUGGACAUCUCAGUGGAGGUGAACAUCACGGCCAAAGUCCGCCUGACCAUGGACCGCACAGGCUACCCGCGCCUGGUCAUCGAGCGCUGCGACACCCUCCUGGGGGGCAUCAAAGUCAGGCUGCUGCGGGGGCUGCUCCCCAACCUCGUGGACAACUUAGUCAACCGAGUGCUGGCCAACGUCCUCCCUGAUCUGCUCUGUCCCAUCGUGGAUGUUGUGCUGGGCCUUGUCAACGAUCAGCUGGGUCUCGUGGACUCUCUGGUGCCUCUGGGGAUACUGGGGAGCGUGCAGUACACCUUCUCCAGCCUUCCGCUGGUGACUGGGGAGUUCCUGGAGCUGGAUCUCAACACUCUGGUUGGGGAGGCAGGAGGAGAGCUCAUCGACUAUCCCCUGGGGCGGCCAGCUGUGUCGUAUAGGCCACAGAUGCCAGAAUUGCCCCCCAUGGGUGAGAACACCAACUCCCAGCUGGCCAUCUCAACCAACUUCCUGGGCUCCGUGCUGACCAUGCUGCAGAAGCAGAGGGCCAUGGACAUCGACAUCACCGAUGGCAUGUUUGAAGAGCUGCCUCCACUCACCACAUCCACGCUGGGUGCCCUGAUUCCAAAGGUGUUCCAGCAGUACCCUGAGUCCCGCCCACUCACCAUCAGGAUCCAGGUGCCCAAGCCCCCAUCCGUGAUGCUGCAGAAGGACAAGGCUCUGGUGAAGGUGCUUGCCACCGCUGAGGUCAUCGUCUCCCAGCCCAAUGACGUGGUGACCACCAUCUGCCUCCUUGACGUGGACACGGAGCUCUUGGCCUCAUUUUCUGUGGAAGGCGAUAAGCUCAUGAUCGACACCAAGCUGGACAAGGCCACCCUCAACCUCAAAACCUCAAACGUGGGCAACUUUGAUGUGUCCAUCAUGGAGGUGCUGGUUGAGAAGAUCUUCGACCUGGCAUUUAUGCCCGCAUUGAAUGCUGUGCUGGGUUCUGGAGUCCCCCUCCCCAAAAUCCUCAACAUCGACUUCAGCAAUGCCGACAUCGACGUCUUGGAGGACCUUCUGGUGCUGAGCACAUGAGCGACGUGAGCAGAUGCUGUGAGAAGAAGCCAGAACCGGUCCCGAAGUGAACUGAUCGAGCACCAGCCCCAGCCCCGAGUCUGCUCGGUCUCCACAGGUCCCUCUGCAGAC